UUCUGGGAAGUUGUCCGGAGCGCAAGAAAAUGAUGGGCAGUAAACCAGGCAAACAUUUUGUUGGAUUGAAAAAUCAGGGAGCCACGUGUUACCUGAACACAUUACUUCAAACAUGGUUCAUGACCCAGGAAGUUAAAGAAUGCAUUACCAGCUACAAAGAACUAGAUUCAUUAAUUUGCGAGUUGCAUUCCCUGUUUGAACGAUUAUCAAAUGGGAAAGAACGGUCCUUGAGCACAAAAAGGUUGACCUCCCAAUUGAAGUUGAAUGUUUAUGAACAGAGAGAUAUAGAGGAAUGUUUUCGCAGUCUGGUGAAUGUGCUGAAUAGCAAAAUGGAUCAGGAGCAUAAUAUUCUGAAGAUUUAUCAGGUCACCAUGGUUAACUCAUUGAAGUGUUUAAAAUGCAAACAAUCCAUGGAUGAAGACACUAUUUUCCUGGAUAUACCUCUAUCUGUUUGCUCAGCUAAUAUUGCAGAAAAGUUUGAUUUCAUGGAAAAGAGUCUUGAACAGUUUUUGAAGGAGGAAAAAAUGGAAGGUGACAACAAAUGUUAUUGUACCAACUGUGAGAUGAAGACUGAAACAUCAUCAAGAUACUAUUUUAAGCACUUGCCACAAAUUCUUACAUUUCAACUGAAACGAUUUGAAUUCGAUUACAACUGCAUGGCAUUUCAGAAAAUUACAGAUUGCAUUACUUUUCCUCGGGUUUUGGAAUAUACAAGAUCUCAGGAUGUUCACAACGAAUGGUGUCCUAAACUAACAGUGAACAGGGAGAAUAAUGUCCCGAGUAACCACUGUUCAAGGGCUUUGGAAGAAAGACAAAGUUCACUUUCAUUCCUGGGAGUGCAGAAAGGAACUUCUAUGGAUUAUGAAGGAAAACAUCCCGAGGCAGUCAAAGAUCAGUCAGAGGAAGUUUCUAAAGACAAAGAGGUGAGUAAUGCAGAGAAUGACUCCCAUGUGGCCGUUGUAAAAGACAGAGAAAUACCUGCUCAACAUCAAGAAGUGAAGCAAGAAGAUUCUGUGGUGUUUACAGGAAGAAAUCCUGAGACCCCUCAAGAUCACUCACAGCAAGUUUCCACAGGACAAAAGGUGAAUAAUGCAGAGAAUCAUUGCCAUGUGGAUGAUGUGAAAGAUGUAGAAACACCUGUUCAAACACAAGAAGUGAAUGGGGAAGAUUCUGUGGACAUUACAGGAAGAAAUCCUGAGACCCCUCAAGAUCACCCACAGCAAGUUUUGGCAGGACAAGAGGAGAAAAGGUAUGAAUUGUUUGCAGUCUGGCACCACGUAGGAAGCUAUGGAAGUGGCCACUAUUAUGCUGAAAUCAAAUCAGAAUCUGGUGACUGGUACAAUUUUAAUGAUGAAUAUGUUAACAAGGGAAACAAUGUCAAUCUAAGUUCCAAAACUGCUUACAUGCUUAUGUACAGACUGACCGAUACAAACCCCAAAGCAGAACGGCCGGCCGGAGUGUCAAAGAAGUCAGUGGACGAGUCAGAGUACGGGACUGCUGGUACUCGACUGACAGAAGUGGAAGACAGCGCUCGUCCGGAUGCAGAGGAACUCAGCGAUCGUCCGGGUGAUGGGGUGCCCCACGCUCAUCCGGGUGUUGGGGUGCUCCAUACUCAUCUGGGUGACGGGGUGCCCUACGCUCGUCUGGGUGAACAUGGACUCUGCGCUGCUCGGGUUGAAGGGGAGCCCUAUGCUAGUGAUGGUUUCAGGGUGCCCUGCACACGUCCCGGUGGAGGGGAGCCCUACACUCGAGGUGACGGGAUGCACUAUGCUCGUCCCAGUGACGGGGAUCCCCGCACUUGUCCCAGUGGAGGGGAACCCUGCGCUCGUCCUGGUGACGGGGUGCCUCACGCUCGUCCAGGUGAACAUGGACCCUACGCUCGUCCAGGUGGAGGGGAGCCCCACACUUGUCCCAGUGGAAGGGAACCCUGCGCUUGUCCGGGUGACGGGGUGCCCCACGCUCGUCCGGGUGACGGGGUGCCCCACGCUCGUCCGGGUGACGGGGUGCCCCACGCUCGUCCGGGUGACGGGGUGCCCCACGCUCGUCCGGGUGACGGGGUGCCCCACGCUCGUCCGGGUGAACAUGGAUCCUAUGCUUGUCCCGGUGGAGGGGAGCCCUACGCUCGUCCCGGUGGAGCGGAGCCCUACGCUCGUCCCGGUGGAGGGGAGCCCUACGCUCGUCCCGGUGGAGGGGAGCCCCACGCUCGUCCCGGUGGAGCGGAGCCCCACGCUCGUCCCGGUGGAGCGGAGCCCCACGCUCGUCCCGGUGGAGGGGAGCCCCACGCUCGUCCCGGUGGAGGGGAGCCCCACGCUCGUCCCGGUGGAGGGGAGCCCCACGCUCGUCCCGGUGGAGGGGAGCCCUACGCUCGGGGUGACGGGAUGCACUACGCUCGUCCCCGUGACGGGGAGCCCUACACUUGUCCCAGUGGAAGGGUACCCUACGCUCGUCCCGGUGGAGGGGAGCCCUACGCUCGACCCGGUGGAGGGGAGCCCUACGCUCGGGGUGACGGGAUGCACUACGCUCGUCCCGGUGGAGGGGAGCCCUACACUUGUCCCAGUGGAAGGGUACCCUACGCUUGUCCAGGUGGAGUGGAGCCCUACGCUCGACCCGGUGGAGGGGAGCCCUACGCUCGGGGUGACGGGAUGCACUACGCUCGUCCCGGUGGAGGGGAGCCCCACACUUGUCCCAGUGGAAGGGAACCCUACGCUUGUCCCAGUGGAAGGGAACCCUACACUUGUCCCGGUGGAGGGGAGCCCUACGCUUGUCCCAGUGGAAGUGAACCCUACACAUGUCCCAGUGGAAGGGAACCCUACGCUUGUCCCAGUGGAAGGGAACCCUACACUUGUCCCGGUGGAAGGGAACCCUACACUUGUCCCGGUGGAGGGGAACCCUACACUUGUCCCGGUGGAGGGGAACCCUACGCUUGUCCCAGUGGAAGGGAACCCUACACAUGUCCCAGUGGAAGGGAACCCUACGCUUGUCCCAGUGGAAGGGAACCCUACACUUGUCCCGGUGGAGGGGAACCCUACGCUUGUCCCAGUGGAAGGGAACCCUACACAUGUCCCAGUGGAAGGGAACCCUACGCUUGUCCCAGUGGAAGGGAACCCUACGCUUGUCCCAGUGGAAGGGAACCCUACACAUGUCCCAGUGGAAGGGAACCCUACGCUUGUCCCAGUGGAAGGGAACCCUACGCUUGUCCUGGUGGAGGGGAGCCCUACGCUCGUCCCGGUGGAGGGGAGCCCUACGCUUGUCCUGGUGGAGGGGAGCCCUAUGCUUGUUCUGGUGGAGGGGAACCCUACGCUCGUCCCGGUGGAGGGGAGCCCUACACUCGUCCCGGUGGAGGGGAGCCCUACGCUCGUCCCGGUGGAGGGGAGCCCUACGCUCGUCCCGGUGGAGGGGAGCCCUACGCUCGUCCCGGUGGAGGGGAGCCCUACGCUCGUCCCGGUGGAGGGGAGCCCUACGCUCGUCCCGGUGGAGGGGAGCCCUACGCUUGUCCCGGUGGAGGGGAGCCCUACGCUCGUCCCGGUGGAAGGGUACCCUAUGCUUGUCCAGGUGGAGUGGAGCCCUACGCUUGUCCCGGUGGAGGGGAGCCCUACGCUCGGGGUGACGGAAUGCACUACACUUGUCCCAGUGGAGGGGAGCUCUACGCUCAUCCCGGUGGAGGGGAGCUCUACGCUCGUCCCAGUGGAAGGGAGCCCUACGCUUGUCCCCGUGGAGGGGAGCCCUACGCUCGUCCCGCUAUCAGGAUGCCCCCUGCUCGUCCAGGUGACGGGGUGCUUCACGCUCAUCUGGGUGAAUGUGGAACCUGUGCUUGUCUGGGUGAAGGGGAAUCUGGCUGAACGAUGUGUGUGUGUGUUUUUUUGUUUUUUUUUUCUCCCUCUCUCCUCUCUCAAACAGGGGUGCAGUGCAAAUUUUUUAGGUACCAGAGCACAAUUGGGUGUGACAUACAAAUAUAUGUGAAUAGAGCU